AGUCAAUGCGGUCAAUGUUCAAAAAUUCAAUCUCAAAAUAUAAAAAAACUUUAAUCCAAGUUCCAAUUAAUUUCUCGUUUCUUUUUCCUGCAAUAAUCAUCUGCAUUCCCAAAUAUGGCCGCAGUUGGUCUGUGCGAAACACCGGGAUGUAAUUCAAAUGCCCAGUUACAGUGUCCAACUUGUAUAAAGUUUGGAAUACAGGGCUCAUAUUUCUGCUCACAGGAUUGUUUCAAGAAAUCUUGGAAAACUCACAAAAUCAUCCAUUCGUUAGCGAAGGGUGAUAAUUCUGAUGGAACCAACGGAGAGUAUAACCCGUGGCCGUCCUAUGCUUUUACCGGCAAGUUAAGACCUUAUCCACAAAGCGCAAAACGUGAAGUGCCGCCACACAUUGGUCGUCCGGACUAUGCAGACCAUCCUACAGGAUUUCCCGCAUCCGAGAACGCUGCUAAGGGUUCAGGUCAGAUAAAGGUGCUGGAUGACGAGGAAAUUGAAGGAAUGCGAGUGGCUUGUCGCUUAGGGCGGGAAGUUCUUGAUGAAGCUGCUAAGGCAUGUGGUGUUGGUGUAACAACAGAUGAAAUUGACAGAAUAGUUCAUGAAGCAUGUAUAGAAAAAGAGUGCUACCCUAGCCCUUUGAACUAUCACAACUUUCCUAAAAGCUGUUGUACAUCAGUUAAUGAGGUUAUCUGUCAUGGUAUUCCUGAUAUGCGUCCAUUGCAGGAUGGUGAUCUUUGUAAUGUUGACAUUACAGUUUACCACAGAGGCUUCCAUGGUGAUCUUAAUGAGACUUUCUUUGUUGGAAAUGUACCAGAAACCUCACAAAAGCUUGUAAAAGUCACAUAUGAAUGUUUACAAAAAGCUAUUGAAAUUGUUAAGCCUGGAGAAAAAUAUCGUGAAAUUGGCAAUGUCAUACAGAAGCAUGCUCAAGCAAAUGGCUUUAGUGUAGUUCGGUCAUAUUGUGGACAUGGGAUACAUAGACUGUUCCAUACAGCUCCUAAUGUGCCACAUUAUGCUAAAAAUAAAGCCGUUGGAGUGAUGAAACCUGGGCACUGCUUUACCAUUGAGCCAAUGAUCAAUGAAGGAGGGUGGCGGGAUGAGCAAUGGCCAGAUCACUGGACUGCUGUCAGUGCUGAUGGGACAAGGUCUGCUCAGUUUGAACAAACUCUACUUGUUACCGAGACUGGGUGUGACAUAUUGACACAACGAGCCACAGGCCGACCCUGGUUCUUGGAUCAAUUGGAAAAACUGAAGUAGCAUCACUUAAUAUUAUUUUGUUUAUUAAUUAGGUGAUUUGUGCAAUAAAUCAUCACAGUUUUA